AUGCGACCCCGAAGACGACCAUCUCUGAGGCUACGCCCACUCGAGUUCGCUCCGACCCCAAGCACUUCAAAGCCUUCCAAGGCCGAAAAAGUGCCCGGAGUUUGGUCGACUUCAUCGCAAUGUUUGAACAUCGGUUUCCGAAGGAACCCUCAAUGUUUUAUAGGUCGACUCCCUUUCGACCUUCUGGUGGACCACAUUUUUGUAUACUUGUCCGUGGCAGACAUCAUACGUUUACGCAGGCUUGACAAAGCUUUCUUUGUCCUUACACACGAAUCCACCAUCUGGAAGCGCUUUUUGAACUGCCUCCAAAGGCCCAUUCCAUACUUUCACGACAAACAGUUCAGUUUCGGUCCUCGGGACUUUGAGCCGGAGCGCUUGCUCGCUCAGAUAUCGUCAGCCGAUGAUAACUGGAGAUCCGAAUUUACGAGAGUAUUCCAUGCAAACACGAUUUUCCUCGAUGGACUGGUCUAUGAUAUGAAGCUGCUCCCAGGAGGAAAAUAUCUUGUCAUCGCAGCGAAGGGUGUGACACAUGUUAUUGCAGUGUUUGAACUUUGCGGGGAUCGCCCGGACCAGAUGGUCUUCCGCCUCGUCUCUUCCACCAACCUGCACCAUCGAGCAUUCCAGUUCCAAACUAGAUUCAUGCCCUGGAAAGGAGAACCAUGCAUAUUCAUUGGAUAUGUUUACCGAGCCUACAGUCUGGGGCAUACAAAUAACAGCAUCGAUUUGUCUGAAAUCGAUUACUUUCGAACACCUGGAAACUUAUCUGUCCAGUAUAUUUGGCGAUGGUCGUAUAUCAAACUGGAGCAGUUGAAAGAUACUACGAACCAACUACCACUGACAUUAACAUGGACCGACUGGUACGCGUGCGAUGAACCUAUUUUUGACGUAGGGUUCUUUGCGAUCAACGAGGUACCUCUCGUUGCAUUUGUCCACGGACCGCACACAGUCGCUUUUACCAAUCUGUUAGCGGAAGGCGAACCGCGGCCGCACAUAGCAGUUUGUAAGACUCCUAACAGUUCGCGACACCUUCGCAUUCGAGCGCUCCGCGUCAUACCUAGACAGAACCAGUUUUUGUUGAUACAAACCUCUCUCGAGAACGAACAUUACGCCCAGAUUUAUCGCAUGCCCAAAUUCGGUAAACACAAUCAAGAGCCCGACGAGACACGGCUCCUGGACAUUCGCGGUUUCAUUCCUUCUUUCCAGAUAUCGGAUAACUACCAGUCCAUGGAUUACAUCGCCGGCCAUACGAACUAUUUACAAAGUUUGAACUAUGAUCCUCCCCCCAUCUCCAUCUUUGUGCAGACCAGCAAUCCACCGGGCUUGGUACAUUAUACGAUGAUGCCGAUGAGCGACCGAGCUGACGACGUCUACUACACCGUAGAAGGAAACUCAUUCACUCAGCAGUCUCGUAAUGACAAGGAGCAGUACGAUGUCCUGCCUGGCAUACAUCGGGCUCUAGUUUACAAGACUGUUUAUGAUGACGCUACUCAAACACAGGGUAUAGUGGAGCUGCGACGUUAUCUGAACAAGAAAAGGCCCCACUCAGCCUACAUUUCGGGCUUUCGGGAAGUGAGGGAGCCAUUGUUGCGCAGAUAUGCAAUGGAAACCUGGAGGCCAAUUCCCGUUUACCAGACCAUUACCUUACCGAACGAGAUUCUGCAGCGGAUCAGAACCGCCGGCAUGGAUGCAAUUACUUGGGAUGAGGGCACAGGGCGUGCAUGCAUCAGUUCAGGGGAUGGUAAAAUUGUGGUUUUGGACAUGGGGAGAGCCCUUCCGGCCAAUGGAACAGUUGAAUUUCUAGAUCAAGUGGCCACAGGCAUGUCGGUAGAUAGUCUUAGCAGCAGAUCAGCCCAAUGUAUAUACUAA